GCAGGAAGUAACCGUUCCAAUCCAAACUGUCAACAGUCCAGCAUAGUACCAGUCACGGCCGCGUGAAUCUGUCCGUGUAUUUAUAAUAGUGUUAAUUUAAACAUAUUUAUGUGACAGUGAUGUCUCGAAAGACCAAAACAGAGGAAUAUCACCGCUUCUUCAUUGUGACAGAUCCUCGCACACACGAGAAAGGACACACGGAGUAUAAAGUGACAGCAAGGUUUGUGUCAAAGACACAGCCAGAGAAUGUUAAAGAGGUUGUGGUGUGGAAGAGGUACACAGAGCUAAAGAAAUUACAUGGAGAGUUGGCGUACACUCAUAGGAACCUGUUCAGACGGCAAGAAGAGUUUCCCCCUUUUCCACGAGCGCAGGUUUUUGGUCGUUUUGAUGAGGCUGUGAUUGAAGAGAGAAGGAAAGCAGCCGAGGAAAUGCUGCUCUUCACUAGAAAUAUUCCUGCUCUGUACAACAGCCCUCAACUCAAAGAAUUCUUCAGGGGAGGAGAAGUGAGAAGACCAAUGGAGACAGCUGCCAUUUCUACGGCUCUUCCGGCUCCUCUUAUUCCCCUACCUGAGAGGAACACUGAACUGUUGGCUGAAGAGGAGACGGGCAGAGAGGCUCCUCUCCAGGCCCAGGAGCUGGAUUCCAACCAAAGACUGACAGAUCUAACCCUACCUGAGAUGGCAGUUGAGGCUCUUAGUGACACGGAAAGCAGCCCGACACAAGAAAAACUAACAGAAACAGAAAAACAAGAACUGACAGAAGAAGAAAGAGAGACUGACAUCACAACACAUCAGAAUAACAGCACAGACCAAUGCGCUGCUGCUGCCGACACUACAACACCUAAUUGUUCCAUUCCUGGUGUUCAUCUUCCAGAUGCCUCGCUUGAAAUUCCAGGUUCUCCAGUCGACCAAUCAGAGGAGAUUGAUUCACUGUUUGACUCGGGGUUGGACGAACAUUCAUACAAAGCCCCGCCUCUGCUUUCAGAUACAGACCUUGCUAUUUUUGACCCAUGUGCCAAAGAAGAUCAACCGUAUGGAUCACCCAGCCAUGCCGAACUCCUGUCCGUUCCUCUAACCAGUGCAAAUGGGACUGAGUUUGCUGGAGAUGUGAGCUAUGUGCGUCAGGCCAACGAAGAGCUGAAUGCUGCCCAGGAAAGAGAGAGAAAGGGUGAAUACAGUGCAGCAGUACAACGAUAUAGAGCAGCUGUUGAUAUAUUUAUGAAAGGAGUGCAAGGAGAUGUGGAUUUGAAGAGGAGAGAAGCAGUGAAGAGGAAGAUUGCUGAAAUCCUAGAGCGUGCGGAGAGACUUCUCUCCAUACAGACUCCCACUCACGACCACAAUACAUAGAGAAACAAUUUACACGCACACACACAUACAUACUAACUCAAGCUUCAUCAAACCUAGGAUACCCAAGCACACUCCCACAUACGUACUCUCAUCAACCGAGUUUUGACUAACGCACACAGAUAUUAAAACAAUUCCACCACAGUUUCACUUAAGUGCAACUUGCCGGCCACCCACACAGUCAACACACACACACACACACACACACACUUGACUCCCACACUAACCUUCCUGCUUACUCUAAUAGUAACACUUGUAGGAUAUGUCCAACAGCAUGGCACUGUAAGGAUUUUUACUUGAUUUGACACUAUUUUAACUUAAUAAUCUGAUACAUUUUAAGAGCCUAAGAAACUGGAAACAUCUUUUUUUUCUGUUGUGUAAAUUAAGCUAUUAUAUAAAUGACUGUUGUUUAAAAGAAUACAUUGCUUUUCCAAUGAAAUCUGCCUGUUUUGUAAAUUAUAAGUAAUUUAAUAUAUAAAUUGUUAUUAUCAACAUAAAAUGGCAUUUGUGACCUAUUUUACUUCUGUGAUGUGACAUUUCAGGGAGGAUCUGGAUAUUCAGUGUGUAUUCACAAUGUAGGAAGGGACUUGAUUCCAUCCAUUGGGAAUUAAUUCGAUGGUGGGCGUUCCAUACCAGAGUUUACAGUCGAUUGUAGAAGGCCGAUCCACUCCAGAAACAAUGAGCUUCAUUUUGGGCAGACUGUCGUUAUUGGCCAUUAUUUCUGUAACAUUUAUUACAUUAGCAUUGUCUGGCAUUAAAUUGCUGCAUGAGAUACUGGCAAGCAAGCUGCAACUCAUACAAUAUUGAAACUUGUUGAAACUAUAAAGGAACAGUGAUUCGA